CUGACAAUGUUGAUAUUACAGUUUAAGCCACUGAUAAGUCGCCGGCGCAACACUAGUGCCUCACUUCGUAUUUCGCAUUCGAACAUAAGACACGUAUAUACAUAUAUACUAUCGUAUCGACUCGAUAAACAUUUCGGUAGUGGGACAACACUAUUUUGUGAUUGAAACGUCACUUGUGAUUUUUAAUCUGUGCCCGUUUUAUCGUAAUAUUUUUUUUAAUUAUAUUUUUUCCGUUCCGUCGCGUUCACUGUGCUCCCGUUUCGAACGUGUUCGAUUUUGUUUUUUUGUAAUAAAACCUUAUUUUUUUGAAGAUGUUAAAUUGUUGUACUUAUAAAAUACAAUAUUUCUUAUAUUUCGCUAUAAAAUAGUUUGUGGUUGAAGUUUCAAUUAUUAUUAUAAGCCGUUCAGUGAGUUUUUACAGUGUUUCAUCAUUCUCAGCUCCGAUUAUUCAUGUUCGCUCCGUACUUCAAGAUACAACAGAUCACGCCCAAUAGCUAAAUAACUCGCCAACAAGAAUCUCUACAGUAUUAUACCAUACGUUUAGUAAUUUAUUGAGAAUGUAUCUGGUGUUAUUGUUCACCGCGUCCCUGCUCGGCGUGAGCCGCUCCGCCAACGUCAACAAACACAUGAGGCUACUCUCAGACUUAGACAAUAAUAUUGAACAUAAUGUAGCUCAAAACAGCUUACAAUCUGGCGCCCGCCGCUUUCUCACGAUAACGCAGCGUCCCGAAGCUACUUAUACGCAUUCUCACGGCGAAAUGCUUGAACUAACGUGUGACGCGGUCGGAGUACCAGCGCCCUCUAUACACUGGUUUAAAAAUGACGCUCCGGUUUAUGAGUAUGACGUAGAAUCAAAUGAAUUAAUAGACAGCAACCCAAGUUCUCUUGCGCGGGUCAUUUCGACCCUGUUGGUAACGAGGACGACGGGACAUGACGUGUACACGUGCCUCGUGUCUUCUGGCGCCAAAACUGCUAGGGCUACCACUGUUGUUUAUGAAAAAGAUGGCAGCAGUAUACCGUCGGAACGUGCAAAACUUUUACCCCUUGAACCUCGUAUCGUGGUCACUUAUGAAAUGUACGUGGACACGAUUGGGAACAACAUAGUGCUGCCAUGCCGGGUCAAGGGACACCCCAAACCCCACGUCACGUGGCGGGAUAACAAGGGAAUCCCAAUUAGGAAAGAUUCUUCUAGAAUGAGGGUGCUUCGUUCAGGCGAGCUAGUGAUAUCGUCACUGCGCUGGAGCGACAUGGGCGAGUUCACUUGCCAAGCCACCAAUGUAUUCGGCUCACAACUCGCCAAGACUUUCGUUUAUCCAGCUAAAGCCGGAUAGACAAACAGACAAGAGCAUAGCGUCGAGUAUACUUAACUGGAUGUUCCUGGUACUAAAUAAGUUUUUUUAUAUUAGGGCCGCAACACACUGCGCGCGACGAACGCUGCGAUUUUAAUACGAUAUCAAAUGUCAAAGUCAAACUUCAAAAUGUCAAAAUGUCUAAUGUCAAAUGUCAAAAGUCAAAACUUUAAAGUCAAAUGUCAAAAGUCCAAAGUCGAACUACAUACAUGCUAAUAUGAAUUUUGAAAUUAUGUUAGGUUCCUUUUUUAUUAAAUAUUCUUUUCAAUCUACUCAUUUUUCUCUCUUUCCAUUUCACCUAAUAAUGAUAUGGGUAAUAAAAUAUAAAAAAUGUAUUGCCUAAUUAUUGUUUAAAGUGAUUUGUGUCUUAAAAUCUUUGCAGUAAGGAUCAUUUUGCUUAGAGUCGUUUAUCACAUUUUUCUAACUAUAAUAAAUUAUGAAAUAUUAUCGUCUAAAGCAAGUCUUAAGACAAUCCGGCGGCUGGUCCGUCGUGCGAUUAGUCGCAGCGUUUCGUUACCAGUGUGUAACCACCUUAAGAAUCGAGUCUGCCUAUUAUAUUUUUUUAUUAAUUAUAUUAUUUUCGUUUUAUUAAAUUUUGUUAUUUUAAUAAAAUAGAAAAACUUAAACAUAUUGUGGUAAAUCUGAAUAAUAAUGUAGAUAUAUGAAUAAUAAUUUAAUAAUUAUUAAAAUGAAUUUAUUUUUGUCAAUAAUUACAUAAACGUUAUUGGGUACUUGUU